CAGCACCGAGAACCCUCUGAUCCAGGACCACGCCGCCAUGACCCUGGGCGGCAGGCAGCAGCCGCCGCAGCAUCUUCAGCAGCAGCAGCAGCAUGCGCGGACGACGUCCCUGGGCCUCACGGCGCUCAUGUCCUCCUGCCAGCUGAACAACGAGCUGGAGGUCAAGGCGCUGCUCCAGAGGAAGCCCUCGUUGACGGCCGCCCGCGACCGGUCGGGCAAGACGGCGCUGCACUACUGCGCCGAGAACCUGACGACGGGCUGCGCCGAGCUGCUGCUGCUGUACGAGCCGGGCCUGACGUCGGUGCAGGACGAAGAAGGCUACACGACCCUGCACUUCGCCGUCAUCUCCGGCAACCGCACCAUGGUUCGCUUCCUGGUCGAGCGAGGCGCUGACGUCAACUGCGUCGACAACGAGAAGCACUCCUGCGUACACUGGGCCACAGUGUGCGGCGAGCUGGAGUGCAUGGACAUCCUGGUGUCGGCCGGCGCCAACCCAUCGACGGCAGACAUCCACGGUGCGUACCCGAUCCACUACGCCGCCCAGAUGUGCGGACCCAACAGCGAGAUGGGCAACGACGUCCGAGUGGGCCUCGCCGCGCUGCGGAGGCUCAUCGAGCUGGGCGUGGACGUGAGCGUCAGGGACCAGGACGGGAGGCCGCCGCUCCUGUGGGCCGCCAGUGUCGAGACACGUCCCAGCAAAACUUACUGCCCGUCCGGAAGCAGCGACGCCAUCCUGGCCUUGGUCAACGCGGGAGCAGACGUCGCUGCGACCGACAAAGAUGGUCUCACAGCUCUGCACUGCGCGGCCAGCCGCGGCCAUGUCGACUGCCUGGAGACGCUGGUCUCUCUUUGUGGCGCCGACGUGGACGCGGCGGACAGCAACGGAUGCUCGGCGCUCUUCUACGCUGUCACUCUGGGCCACGCCGACUGCACGCAGUUGCUGCUCAAGUACGGCGCCGCACCCAAUCGUCAAGACCACAAGGGCAGGACACCCGCGCACUGUGGUGCGGCCAAAGGCCAGAUGGAGACGCUCAAGAUACUCUGGCAACAUGGUGCCAACCUGUAUAUGCGUAACCAGCGUGGCGACCUGCCUCUCCACGAAGCCGUGCAGUCGGGCCGGAAAGAUCUCGUACAGUGGCUCCUGGAGCUGCAGCCGUCGGCAGUCAAUUCACCGAAUAACAAUGGCCGCUGCGCUCUGCACGUUGCCGCCAUGGCUAACAGCGUCGAGAUGUGCAAAGUGCUCAUGGACCGAGGCGCCGAGGUCAACCCGGUCAUGCGCAACUCGAAGGGCCAGCUGCUGACGCCGUUGGACGCGUCCCUCCAGCGUGGCAAUCGCGGCUGCGCCAAGUACCUGCGCCUGCACGGCGCCCUGCCCUUCUGCAAGAUGACCGACAGGCACGAUAUCGACCGAUGGCUGGAGCACAGCUUCAGCAUCAACAAGCUGCACAAGACCGAGCAGCUGUGCGACUCCGAGGCACCGCCGGCGGCCUCGGCAUUGGCGCCCGACGAGAUGCACCUGCUCGACGCCAAGCACGUGCAGACGCUGGAGUCAUCGGUGCAGACCGACUCCGGCUACUUCGAGUCGCGGCGCCAGUACGGGACGUCCGGGAAGCCGGGCGGUGACGUCGAAGAGACGGUGACCAAACAGGGUACCUUCAUCGAAGGUGGACGCACGCUCAAGCAGGCCAUCAUCACCAACGUGUACGUGAGGACUUCCGGGGGUGCGAGGGUACAUCAACCCAAGCGGAAACGGGCUGGAGCUUCCAAGGGGAGAGGUGAUGGUUUUGCGGAAGGCAGCGAAGGAACCGAAGAGUACACCUCAUCGGGCGAAGAGGUGAGCGGUGGUGUGCGCGAAAGCUCACGCCGGAAGACAGGUUAUCAGGAGCAACACGACGCUGAACUGAGAGAAUCGAAGAAGACGCACACAGCUCUCGAUUCGUCGACGACGCGUCGGGUCGUCGAAGAGGUCAUCGUCAGUAAGCAGGACGGUGCCGACGGACACGUCGUCAAGAGGAUAACGCGCAGACCUUCCGGCGGCGGGGGUGACGAGGUGGUCAGGGUCACCGGCGAAGUGCGGGACAACGUUGAGACGACGCCCGAAGGUUUCACGUCGGUCACUUUCAGCGAGCACAAGAGCAGCGAGACCGGCGGGCGAGCGUCGUCCGAAGACGACGCCAGGGCGAGGUUGCUGAGCAGGGAGGCCAGUCGCACGCUCCAAGACGUGCCCGAGAGAAGGACGUCGACGCAGCAGCACUCAUUGAGAUCCCCCGCAGUGAUCAGGGCGGCGGAAAGGUUUCUGGAUCUUCUGUCAGCGCGCCGGAAGAGGAGGACUCGAGCGGAACAGACUUCUCGUGAGGCACGUUUGAAAGAGGCCGGGGAAAUUGUCACUAUAGGAGAGACAGUGAUUCGUGAAGAAUCGGAAGCGGCAGAAAUGACGAUCGAUGAGAUAUUGAAGAAGGAGAAGAAGAUUGCGCGCUUCCAAGACAAAGUGAAGCAGACUGUGAAGCAAGUUGUGCAAAGUCCCAAAAGGAGAAGUUCCUCGUCAGGACGUAGCAGUUCCGAAAGCGAGCCUGCAAGUAGUACGAAGAAAGAAAAAAGUUCCAGGACUAAGGGAGCCGUCCGAAGUCUUUCCAGGGAACCGUCUGGAAGCCAACAGCGAAGACGAGCAGUGGACGAAGAAGCACAGAAGAAACGAAAACCGGAAAAGACUCCGCAAUGGUCUGGUAAAAGUGGGAGGAGCGCGGAAGCUGCCACAGAAGCUGCUUCGGAUCGAGGCCAGAGCAGCUCGUCUAGCGGCAGCUCAAAACCGAAAAAGGCGAAGCACAAGGACGCAUCGGUAUCAAUAAAGCGCGGCAAGGAUGUCCAACCGAAAGACAGCGUUUCCACGACGAAAGACCUUCGUAGGCCGGCUAAGGAUCGUGACGGAAGACAGCAAGCAAGGGGCGAAGAGCGAUCAUCAUCAGCCGAAGGGUCCGACAGCGCCGGAGAUGACGGUGGCAAAAGGGAAUCGAAACGCUCCGAUGCCAGGACUGCUCGAGAAGCAGCAAGCAUGGAUCUCAACAGGAUAAAGCGAGACAACUUAGAGGAACGACAAGAGGGUGCGACUCGUACCACAAUGCACCGCGAGUACGAAGAAAUCGAAAGUCACGCGACCAUGGCGGAGUUUUUCAGCGAGACUAGCAUGUCUGAUAGCGCUUUGGAGCAACGCACUGAUAGACUGCUCGUUAGACAAGAGGAGGGCACCACAGAAGAGGCAUCCAAGGAAGAGAAAGCCUCGAGGAGGGAGAGGGGAGCCGGAAAACAGCGCGCUUCGGAAAUUGACCAGAAGGUCAGACACGCAGAGGGACGCAGGAGCAUGCACGAAGCCAAAGGCAAUGAAAGGUCAUCGAAGCAGUCACGGGAACAGAAAACGGCAAAAGGAGCGAAGAGAGACACGUCUCGCGAGAAGGACACGGAUUUCGGAGAGGGUUCCGAUAGCCAAGCCAGUGAGAGAGCCGGUACUGCUACAGGCGUACAAGAGGGGGCCACUGCGUCGGAGGAAGCCGGCAAAACCAGGCGACUGCGCACUAAGAUCGAGGAGAGGGUCGUGCAAGAAGCGUCGUCCAGUGAGUCUGUUGCCGAGAGUACGAGUGAACGCAUCGAACGGAACGAUACAUCUGUCACCAAGCGCACGGUAACUGAGAAGAAGCUGGGAACAAAGAAAGCCCAGUCGAAAAAGUCGACUGUCACAAGCGAUCGCGACACCGAGGAUCGAAAGACCUGGCAGAAAGUGCCUUCUCCUACGAAGAAAUCAACAUCCAUGCCGAGAAGCUUUCCUAAAGAACGUCAUGUCGAAGAAAGUAGCGGCUCGGAUGAGGAAAUAGUGUCUGCAGAAGUUUGUGAGGAGGAGAUCAUUGAGAAGCACGCGACGGAACUUAGCGUCGUCGAAGUUCAAGAAACAAAGGCUCCUGGUGAGGCUACGACACCCGCUGAUAUAAGAGCUAAAAUUUCCUCGAAAACACAUCAAAAGGAGAAACGGCAGGUCAAGCACGAAACAGUCGACGGGCACGAUGGCGCAGGUGGCACCGGUGACAAGGCCAAAGGUAAGAAAGAGACGGAUAGUGGACACCCUACCAUUGGUAGGGAUAAGUCCGAUAGGCGUAGAAGUACACGAGCUUCUGUUAGCUCCAGUGAAGAGCCGGAGGUUGCAGAAGAAAGCUUCGAGUCUUCUAAAGAGACGGUGAGCAUAACGAAAGAAUCGAGUGUUCACUUCGAAGAAGUUGUCACCUCUCAAGAAAUAAUCAAAGAAACCACUGAACGGGAAAUGGCAGAACACGCAUCAGAAACCACCAUUGCAGAGACUGAGUCACCCAUUUCCACCGCAGGCGUUGCUGGGAAAGAAAAGAUUGAUAAAGUUGCCUUGAUCGAACAAGAGAAGGCAGCAGAGAAAACCGAGGUUUCCAAUGCCGUUGCCGAAGCAGUUAUGGACCUCUACGGUCGUGUUCAGCGUAUGUCUCCCAGCAGUAAACAGCGACUUGCAUCUCAGCAACAACCACAACAAAGUGUUGAGCACGUCCUGUCAGAAGGCGCUCGGAAAGAAGGCGCGGGUUCAGGUGAUACUGUUGAAGCUAGUGCAUAUCUCAAGGAUCCAGAUCACGAACACGAGUCUCUACUGAAAAAAUCACCUAUCUCGCCAGUAGUAGCCGAGGCUGUGAGUGACCUGUACGCUCACGUAAAGCAACUUGCUUCAGUGGGCACGAGUCCUAACGGAAAGGCAGUACCAAUGCGAGACUCUGCAACCAGCCCAGUUUUAGGACCCACUACUGUAGAAACAGCCUGUGGCCCCGACGACGUCGGUGUUGUUGACACCGCCUGCAGUACUAGGCAGUCUUCAAUCGAAGUAGCUGAAAAAGCUGUGAGCCCUGAAGAAGAAGAAUACACAGCAGAGGCUGCUUGCAGCACCGUUGCGGAGGACACAAAAAGCGUAGCAUGCAGCCCCGCUGUGCAGAAAGUAGACGCGUCGUGCAGCCCUUCAGAGUCCAUCGACCAACCUAUGGAAGACGCCACGUGCAGCCCGAUAGAUGCUGGGAAGAAUCGUGAGAAAACGGACGCUACCUGUAGCCCGAUACCAGAGCUUUCCGAGGACGUACCAGAGAUGAAGGACGCGACGUGUAGCCCCGUCACAGAAGGUGUUCAAGCUGAAAAGGCCGACGCGGCUUCCAGCCCAGCUGACACCACGGUGGACGCACAGUCCAGUCCAAUGGAUAUCACCGUCGACCAGAAGGACAGCACCUCGAGUCCCCUGAUCGGUCUGUUCCGUAAGGAUGAGUUGAUCAGUCCGAUGAUAGUAGAAGUAUGCGACAAAGAGACGUGGACUGGGUCACCCGAAGACCAUACUGCGGACGCUUCGUGUACUCCCAUGUUUUCUGGGGCAGAAUCAGCAGCCGUUACGAAACAGGAAACCGCGACCUCUCCGGUGAACCUCCAAAUGAUGAGAGACGAGGAGUGCAGUCCGAUCGCCGUUGACUCAGAAGGGGCGACCAGGGACGUCUCGUGUAGUCCGCCCGAUUUUGGCCGUGCCGCGUUAUCUGACCGAGAAAUGGCUAGUGUUGCCGUUAGCCCUAUAAGGACAACUGAUGGAACGUUCGACAAAGCUACAAGCCCACCAGAAAUAUUUCCUGCAGUGAGCGCUGGGGUGAGUCCAUUCGCUCAGACUGUUGGCAUUGAGCAGGCGAGCAGUCCUCACAAGGCAUAUACCAAGGACACAUCUAGUAGCCCCUUUCCCGAGUCGGCUGGACCCUUUAUCGAAGGUGUGCCCGAUGCCGACGGCGAAAAGCCCCGAACAGUUGACGUAUGUCUUGGCACUUCACCGGAAGAUGAAAAGGGAGUCAGGGCUGAAUUCGCUGACGCAGCGUGUAGCCCUGUUGCCUUUGAGUACUCUCGUCUGUCCCGUAGCAGCAGCGAUUCUACAGAAGUGGACAUAGCCGUAAGGUCAUCGUCGCUAGAGGAAGCCACCAAGACUCCUAUGACGGACAUUGUGGCUAUACGAGCUCUAGUUGAAACGGGCACAAGUCCGAUCAAUGAAGCUCGCACUGCUACAGAAAGCGAUUCUGCCGGUGUGCAGGCGCAGCCGUCUGUUACCGACAACGGAACGAGUCCUUUGAUACCGCUGAGACAAACAAAGGGCACGUCAACAGAAGAUAGAGAAGCCCAGCCUGGUCUGAGUGAUAGUUUCACCAGUCCCUCGGAAAGGUUGGCGCUCUCGAGAUCGGCAGCCACAAGAGACGCCUCAUGCAGUCCGAUUGAGACCACCGACGCAGUUGCAGCAGGCAGGAAGACCCUGAAAGACGUCCUCCUGCUGAAGAAACCGGGACCCUUGCGAAAGACAAAAUCGUGGGACACAAUGGGUUACGGAAAUUUCGAUGACAUCAGACCCAAAGAGCUGCUGUUUCCUGAAAUUAGGCUGCCUUCGGGGGUCGAACAACGAAUGCCAGCGGUGGCGGGACUCGCCGCACCGAUUACGAACGGCGUCAAUCUGGAGAAGCGAGGCGGGGACGAAGCGAGUCGUCACCUCCAAAAGCUGCCAUCCAUCGUCAAGACGGCCAGCACUCCACCGGACACGGCCGCUACUGCAGCGGCUGGACAACAGCCUUCAGUCAGAGAUGGCGAGAGUCCCAGUAGCGUCUCCGAGGGUAGGGACAAGAAGAGCCGGUCCCUGCAACCCCUGGGUGUCAAGCGCCACAGCUUGACACAGUCCGAUUACGACCGAUCACCGGAGUCGAGCGUGCGAAGCUCCGACUACACGGCUACCACUCUCAAGGACUCGGGCUUCAGCGACGUCGAAAAGCACGUCUCCGGAGGAUCUUCCGCUGAGGAUGACGACAGGCCGACCGACCGCCAGGGUGUCUUGUCCGAUUCGGCAGCCCACGAGCUCGAGUCGCAGCGGCGGCGACUUCUGCACUCCAGGCGCAAGAUGGGUGACAGGGAAGACGACGCCGAUGUUUCACCUGGACGGGACGACACCGACGGAAGUGCGGCCGAAGACGGCGUGGGCUUAGGACAUCCCGCUCUUGAUAAGAGACGACCUACGACCGAAAGGCGGGCGGGAAGUCCUUUAAAGAAGGCGAAAACGAAGGUGAACGGCCGAAGUGAGAGCGGGAAAGGACAGCGUAGGCGACGCGGCCAGCCCGAACUGCGACCUCUCUCGGAGGGCAAGAAAGUUCCGGAAGACCUGACAACGACAGUCCAGGAAAGUCUGAGAAAGUACCGGGUGGAACGACAACUGUUCAGCGAGUUGCAGGAGCUGAAACGACACCAGAUCCGCAGCGGCCGCACGCACGAGAACGUGCUGGUGAAACGGCUCGUGGACCGCUUCAGGGAGCUGGUCCUCGCUCCGGGCAUGCGUGAUUUCACGGGACCGUACACGUUUCGCAACUACGAGCGGUACCUAUAUGGACAACUGAGGGACCUGUCAAUGUCGAACGACGGCAAGAUACCACCCAAGUACAGGAGGGAGGACGAGGAGCACGAGUACCACGAGUCGGGAGCCGUCUCGGAUGGCCCGCUGGAAUGCGUCAGCCGGGCGUACGGGCGCAGCCAGCCGACCGCGGAGGAUCCUGGCAUCGGAACAGCUUCGGCGGUGCUACUAGAUUUCUCCUGA